AUGGCGUCGACUAUCCAGACUCUGAACGCGGCCCUGCCGCCGCUCACCAAGGGCUACACCGCCCCGAGCUUCUCCCCGAUCUCUGCUCCCUCCACCUCGGGCGCCGUCUACCCCGCCGGCCCGGCCUUCCACGCCCACGCCCGCCGCAUCCUGAACCAGCGCUCGUUCGCCGACGACGACCGCCACGAGAAGGAGCGUCUCGCCGCCAACGGCAACGGCGAGGUCGUCGAGGAGGACCUCGACGCCGACCUCGGCGGCGAGGAGGAGGACCUCGACCUCCUCGAGCUCGACCCGAAGAAGUGGAAGGAGCAGGACCACUACGCCGUUCUCGGUCUUCAGCACCUCCGCUACAACGCGACGCAGGAGCAGAUCAAGAAGGCUCACCGCCGCAAGGUCCUCCGUCACCACCCGGACAAGAAGGCCAACGCGACCAAGGGCGGCUCGAUGGACGACUCGUUUUUCAAGUGCAUCGCCAAGGCCAUGGAGGUCCUGUCGCACCCGGAGAAGCGCCGCCAGUUCGACUCGGUUGACGAGCAGGUGUCGGACGAGUUCCCGUCGCCGGCCGAGACGACCGCCGACAACUUCUACGAGCUGUGGGCGCCCGUCUUUGCGCGCGAGGGCCGCUUCUCGACCAAGCAGCCGGUGCCCUCCCUCGGCGGCCCCGACUCGACCAAGCAGGAGGUCGAGAGCUUCUACGACUUCUUCUACAACAUUGACUCGUGGCGCUCGUUCGAGUACGCCGACAAGGACGUCGCAGAGGGUGCCGACUCGCGUGACGAGAAGCGCCACCAGGAGAAGAAGAACAAGGCCGAGCGCGACCGCAAGAAGAAGGAGGACAACACGCGCCGCCGCACCCUCGUCGACCAGGGCCUCGCCCUCGACCCGCGCAUCAAGCAGUUCCGCGCCGCCGAGAAGGCCGCUCGCGAGGCCAAGCGUCGCGGUGGUGCCGGCGUCCCGGCGCAGCUCGACCCGGCCGAGAAGGCCGAGCAGGAGAAGAAGGCCAAGGAGCUCGCAGAGGCCGAGGCGGCUGCUGCCGCGGCCAAGGAGGCUGCCGACAAGGCCGACCGCGAGGUGCAGAAGAAGGCCAAGGCGGCCGCCGCCAAGGAGGUCAAGAAGAACAAGAAGGCCAUCUCGAACGCCGUCUCGACGCACAACUACUUCACCGUCGCCGGCACGUCGCCCGCCCCGGCGACGAUCGAGGCGUGCUUCGCCGAGCUCGACCUCCUCUUUGCCGCCAUGGAGCCAGAGGAGGUUGCCGCGCUUCGUGUCGCCAUUGACGGCAAGGGUGCCGACGAGACCAAGGCGGCGCUCGUCGCGGCGGCGCAGAAGGCCGAGCCCAAGGUCGGCGCCGGCAAGUUCAAGGAGCUCGCUUGAGAGACGCAGCCCGUUGUCGCCUUUAGACCACUGCAAUUAGAAGAGUCGCAGAGUGUCUUCUCG